GAAUCAAAGAUGCAGACCGACAAUACUUCAAAGUUCAACAACGUGCUCAGCAAAACGAAAUGGGAAAUUGUACAGCUGCUCACUCCUUUAGUUACGAACUUUGAUCUUCGUAUAGGGGAUUACAUUACCCAGUGUUGCUUUGUGUUCGGACUGACCGGUAUAGCGAGUGUAGGAAUAAUUUUUGCCAUACCAUAUUUAUACAGUAACUACAGCGAUAAUGUUAAAUUGUGUUUACGAAUUUUUGGAUUUUUCGUGGUCUUUCAGCUGAUUGUGAACUGGUUGUGUAUGAAAUUCGUUGACACUAGCUAUCAGCCGUCCCGUGACGGUAUAAUGCCGGACGGCAUAUCAAUAGGACAGAACAUAUGCCGUUCCAGUGACAGUAACCACAAUGAUAUUAAUAAUAUGCGUUCUCGUAAAGAUGCAACGUCACUGAAUAUGACAGUGGAUGAAACUGAAGGGAGUUUAAUGUAUUUUGCUACUAAGAUCCCUAAAACUCACGAUGAGCCACCAGAAAGGAGCCCGUACCCAUAUUUUUCUUGGGUACCAUGUAUACGGUGUAACAGACCGCGACCACCCAGAUGUCACCAUUGUCCAAUCUGUGACAAGUGUGUUUUAAAAAGGGACCAUCAUUGUUAUUUUUCAGGAGUGUGUAUUGGCGCAAGAAAUCUCAGGCACUUCACCGUGUUCGUAUUUUGGGCUCUCAUGGGCGCCUUAUUUGCCAGUUUUCAUGCUCUGCCGUUUUAUUACUACGAUAUUAUUCCAUACACCAGUUACUUUGACUUGUUUUUCCCGAUAGCAAUUACACGUGCAAUAUUCGGAUAUAUUGACCGGAUAUUCGCUUGUUACAUAGUGCUCGGAUGGUUACUGUUACUGUUUUUACUCACUGCGAAUACUUACCUAAAAAUUGUUGUCGCCCUUAUAAACACAGGUAAAACGUCAUUCGAAAUGGAUUUUGACAUCAAUAUCAAAGACACAAGAAGUCAAGAGGACAAACUAAAGGCAGUAUUUGGACCUCAUUGGAAACUAAAUUUUCUGUUUCCACUUCAUUUAAUAUUUGAAUCAGUAGACGAUGCUGUAAGAUGGCCUACUAUAAAAGCAUGAUGAAUUAUGAUGCGACGUAGAUGAAAAUAAAUGACAGAUAUGCUAUGAUUAAGUGUUGUUAUUCAAAUUCAUCAGAUCAACUUUUUCACUUAAUUAUGCCAAAGCAACUGAAGAUGCGUGGGGAUUUUAUGCGGAUACUAUGGCAUUAUUACCAUACAAGCCUCAUUCCUUUCUGACCGAUGCUUCUCGUUGAUACCAGGGCAAGGAACUUGGUCUAUUAUAUAAGAAUGAAUUAUUUGAUACAUCCGUUGUAAAAUGGCUAUUUAUUUCACAAACCAUUUUUAGUCAGAUUAGAUCUUUUUUCUGAAUCGCCUGUGGAUAGUUUUUACCUCGUCCGUGUUACCAUACCUUGUGGCCUAAAAUGAUUUUUGGCCUAAAAUUCUUUUAGUUAAUAGAUUAUUCAAUAAUUCAGUACAUAUGCAAUUCAUUAAACAGGCAUCUUUUCACAAAACUUUUAAAGUAUCGUCCUAAGUUCUCUUAAACAAGUCAAAUUUUACAUCCAGACGUUGUUAGGUUUAU